AUGGCGAGGGAGAUACAAGAGGGAAUGAUUUUGCACGAAAAAACUGAUAUCGCCAUCUGCGAUGAUGUCGUCUCCAAAAUUUUUCAAUCACGCUAUGGGAAAUCUUACCUCUUUAGUAAGGUAGCCAAUGUGUAUGCUGAGAAGAAAGAAAAUAGAAUGAUGAUGACUGGACUGCACACUGUUGCCGAUAUUUACUUCGUUAAAUGCGGUUCUUAUGUUGGAUGGAGAUAUGAGUUUGCUUUUGAGAAGAACCAACUGUACAAGGAAGGAAAAUCAAUUCUUGAAAGGUACAAGAUUUGGUGCCCAGAUGAGAACAACUAG